GUUUUGAAAAUCUUUUGGUCAGUGUCUUAUCAGCUUUUGGGUCAUCUUGGGAAAGCCUGGGGGAGGCAGUUCCUGCUCAGAAAACUUCAGAGGCAGGAGUAAUAGUUCGGAAGAAAAAAAAGUGUACAACUUGGGUCAGCACAGCGCUAGAGCUGUUCCCAGCAAGCAGCCUCCUCGCUGUUCCAUCAAGCCUUCCCUCCAAUUACAGGACUUCUGCCUCAGCGUCCUGGUCCGUCGCUUGGGUGAUCCAUUGCUUCUCGGGUCUAAUAAGCCUCGUAAAGGGCUUGCUCAUCAGGAACCAGAAGUGCUCAGCUUCUUGGGGCGGGAAGAACUGUUCUUGCAUCCCAAUUUUCCCAGUGGGUAUCAAGGUAGCAAGUUUCUUGUUAUCUGGCUUCAAAAUUGCAAUAAGUAAAUAGCAUUUCUGCUUGCAGCCAAGAUACAUUUUGCAAGGGGGUGGGGGAAUGGGUUUCUGCAACAAUGAGAGAGGAAGAGAGCGCGCGCGAGACAUUUGAACACGAAUACCAAAAGUUACAACCCUGGGAAGCGUUCUUGUAGCUUCACGGAAAUGAGCAGCUGGGCUUUCCUCGCCACGGCCAAUCUGUCGUUUCCAGUCAAUGAAAAAGACUGAGUUUGAGGUUCCUUCCUAAACGGGACGAUUUAGCCCCUCCCACGAGCCGGAGGGUCUGUUAUAUCUCUGUUCCUUGAGUACCUCUCUCACUGAGACCGACCACAGCAAGCAGAGACUGAAAAAAAAAAGAGCAAAGAGGAAGAAAACAAAAGCUGCCAAUUAUGGAAGAUGUAAAGGAUUCUGGGCUGAAGGGAUUUUGUUCCAGGAAUAUACUGAUCAUCCUUGGCUUCUCCUUUAUCAUGGCUGUCAUAGCUCUGAUUGCUGUGGGGCUGACCCAGAACAAAGCAUUGCCAGAAAAUGUUAAGUAUGGGAUUGUGCUGGAUGCAGGCUCUUCUCACACAACUUUGUACAUCUAUAAGUGGCCAGCAGAAAAGGAGAAUGACACAGGGGUGGUGAAUCAGAUACACGAGUGCAAGGUAAAAGGUCCUGGAAUCUCACAAUAUGCUCACAAAACAAGUGGCUUGGGCAUUUAUCUGACUGCAUGCAUGGAAAGAGCCGGGAAAGUGAUUCCAAUAUCCCAGCACCAAGAGACACCUGUUUACCUGGGAGCUACUGCGGGCAUGCGGUUGCUCAGACUUGAAAACGAAUGGGUGGCAGACAAUGUCCUGGCUGUGAUAAGAGAUGUCCUCAACAGCUACCCCUUUGACUUCAGGGGUGCCAGAAUCAUCUCUGGUGGAGAGGAAGGUGCCUAUGGCUGGAUUACUGUCAACUAUCUGCUGGGAAAAUUCACUAAGAAACUGAGGUGGCUCAACCUGAUAUCAUAUGGCAAUGAGAGUCAGGAAACUUAUGGAGCUUUAGACCUGGGGGGAGCCUCUACGCAAAUCACUUUUGUGCCCCAAAACCAGGCAACUGAGUCUCCACAAAAUGCUCUGUACUUUCGUCUGUAUGGCAAGGACUACAAUGUAUACACACACAGUUUCUUGUGCUACGGAAAGGAUCAAGCACUCCUGCAGAAAAUAGCCAAGGACAUUCAGGCUACAAAUAGAACCAUCCAGGACCCAUGUUUCAACAAUGGAUAUAGCAGGGUAAUGAAUGUAAAUGACCUUUACAACAGCACCUGCACCUGGGAAUUUAAGAAGCCUCUUCCAUUCAAUCAAUUAGAAAUCCUGGGCACUGGAAACUUUGAAGAAUGCCAGAAAAGUGUCAUUGCACUCUUCAACACCAGUCAAUGCCCUUACUCCAACUGUGCCUUCAAUGAGAUUUUCUUGCCGCAACUUCAAGGACAAUUUGGGGCAUUUUCAGCAUAUUACUAUGUGAUGAAGUUUUUAAACCUUACAUCAGAGGAAACCCUCUCUCAGGAAAAGAUGAUUGACACGAUAAAAAAUUUCUGCUCUCGGCCUUGGAAAGAGCUGAAGAUGAAUUUUGGUGAUGUGAAGGAGAAGUACCUGAGUGAAUACUGCUUUUCCGGAACUUACAUCAUCUCUCUUCUUCAGGAGGGCUAUCAUUUCACACCUGAUAACUGGAAGACUAUUCAUUUCAUGGGCCAGAUCCGGGACACUGAUGUGGGAUGGACUUUGGGCUACAUGCUGAACCUGACCAACAUGAUCCCAGCUGAGCAGCCAAUGUCUACACCUCUCCCCCAUUCCACCUAUGUCUUCCUCAUGGUUCUCUUCUCUCUGAUCCUGAUUGCCGUGGUUCUCAUUGGCUUGAUUAUCUUUCACAAGCCUUCAUGUUUCUGGAAAGACAUGGUAUAGCAGGAGCAGCUGAAAUCUGCUGGCUGGAGUGAGAAAAAAACUUGUCCAGGGAGCACUUUCCUCCACAGUGGUGUACAAGGUCAUCAUCCUUCCUUGUUCAUGAAGGCCAAUCUUGACCAGUAUAAAGCUUCUUUGGUUUUGCUGAAUGAAGCCUUUCCCUGGAAGGUAAUCACCACCUUCUGCCUCAAGGACUUCUUGGUGGAUAUUGUCUCUUUUGUGAGUCUCUCCCAGCUGUAGCCCCUCCAUCCUUUUUUGUACUCUGUGCUCAUGUAGGUCUUAAAAACCUGCCACCUUUCAUGAUCUUUGCUUUAUAAAAGAACAAUAUUGGCUUCAUCCAGAAGAACAGAGUUCUGACUCCUGUGCUAAGAAAUUGUGCUGGCUAAAAGAAGAAUCUCAGCUGCAUUCUUACAGACCCUUUCUCUCUUAUUUCCCAUUUACUAAGAAAGCCAUACAGUGCCUUUGGAGAGGACAGACACACAUUCCACUCCCAGCCUGCCUUUGCAUGGGAGAAUUUUCUAGACUAGACAAAUAUGUCUAGGACCAAAGAGUCCUGCAAGGGAAUUUAUGUGCUUGUGCCAAUUAACACUAUACUUAAUCCAAGCCAAAACAAGGAUGGGUCACACAUUCCGGGGUGAUGCCAAAAUGCUCCAGGGUUGAACACCCAGACCAGAUUUCUAAAAAGCUGAUGUAUAUAUAGGCAUUCAGAUAUCAGGGUAUAUAUUACAUGAUAGAUGUAUACAUACUGGGAAGAAAAAUAUAGUUGGGUUGGGAAGUGCAUCUUCCACUGCAUUUAUUGAAGGUUUUGUUUUUAUUGUAGUAAAAUACAUAUAGCAUAAAAUUCACCGUUUUAACAUGUACAAUUCAGUGGCACUGCACUCACAGUGUUGUUCAACCAUCACCACCACCUAACUGCAGAAUAUUUUCAUCACCAAGAAAUUGGCUAGAGACAAGACCAUUCCUGGGGAGGCUCAACCCACCAACCUUUCAGUUAAUAGGCAAAUAUACUAAGUGCACCACGAAGACACUAUUGAAUUUGAAAGCCAUGCCAUAUCUUACUGUCCCAGGGUUUACUUUAGGGAGAAAGUUGCAUUAAUGUAGUGUGCCAUACCUUUUUGCUGUUAUGAUAUUUAUACAUCAAAAUGUGCCAGGAAUCAGAUCUGAAAGUGUUGAUGCUACUCCUGUCACACAGGCAUGGGUUCUAUUUACUUAUUCCAUGGAAUAUUUUGUGAGAGAAGUGGCAGCUAUGGGCCGUGUCACGGAACUAUGAAGAGACCCUGUACCCCCUUCCUUUAAGGAUUGCUGUUAAGAGUUACCUUUUGAGCAGGAUGGAGUGACAAUGUGUUACUCUGACCUUGCCCCAGGCUCUCCAUCUCUAGAUCUGGGGAGUGACUAUUGAGCUGAUGUGGGGCGGGUACAGGGGAGAAGGAAAAGCUCUCCGACAAACUAGAGGCCAAAUAUCCCUACAUUUCUUGAAUAACCAAGUCAUUUUUUACAAUAUCCAGAUGAAUAUAAGUGUAAUAGAGCUUUGGACAGGAACAUUUUCUUCUCUGAUACCUACAACUGAACUUGUUGUACCUUGAUAAGGAAUAAGAAGCCAAAUUAGGAUAUGUUUAACCUUUUUCUAAUAGUAGUUAGCUAUAUUGUUAUAGCUAGUAUUUAUUGAGCAUUUGUUGUGUACUAUGCUCUGUGACCAAGUGCAUUACAUUCAUUUUCUCAUUUAAUCCUCACAAUAAUAAGAAGGUAGGUACUAUCAUUCCACUUCGUAGGAGCAGCAGGUGUGGCUAAGAAAGGUCAAGUUACUUGCUCAAAUGGCUGAGCUAAAGCCUGGCAUGCACUUAACCAUUAUUUUCUCUCCCAAAUACCCUACUAGACAGUCUCCUUAUAACUUCAAAGCAUGCACUUAAAUAUGCAUGAAUAUAGGGCAUGGUGGAAAGGGAAAUAAACACAUGACCUAUUUCCUAAUGGACUUGGAAUUUAACAUUGCUUUAAGUUCACAAAGGCUGUCAUGGCAAUGCUGAUAUUCUGUUCAUAUACUUUGCAUGGUGACGUAUAUGAUGUAUGAUACUUAUCAAUGAUUCCCAAACUCCUGGCUCCUUAAUUAUAUGGCUUGCUCACUGAACAGCAGAAUCAAAUCAAAUCAAAUAAUCAAAAUCAGAAUCAAGUAAAUAGUAGUUGAUGAUAAUGAUGGAAAUAAAAGGUCAUAUAAAUACAGCCAAUAGCAGCAGCUCCUUUCUUACUUAUGUCUGCAUAUACAAAGCACUGUCAGGUGCAUUAUCUAUUCUGGUCCUAAAAAACCCAUGAGAAUGUAAUUUUCAUUUUACAAGCAGAGGUCACAGAAACUAGUACAUGGCAGAACUGAUACUGAAACUCAAGUCUUUGCCCCAAGUUUAUGGCUUUUUGUUUUCUAAACGCUGCCCCUCCACAAGCUGAAAUUAGAAUUCACAAGUUUCCUUUUGUAAAUACUGAAAUCUUUUGCUAUUUUCUUUCUGUCUUAUUGCCUGGACUCUCCCCUCCUGCCCCCUACCAAAAUCUUAAAGGUAUUUGGGAGCCAAACUCCACUUACAAAUCUCAAAUCAUCAGCAGGCACAACUUAAUCUGUUAUAGAGAGAGAGGGUUUUGAGGCACAUCAAGGAAACUGCUGUCGGCCAUUCUGGAUGAGGAAGGCCAAAUAAAAUAGAUUACUAUCAAAUAAUUUUAAUAUUGGAUUUCCCACUGGUCAUAAAUGAUUACCAUUCCUUCUUGGACUUUCACCCAAACUUGAUUCUGGUGACCCCAUUCCUUUAGAAAGGGGGAAACUUUCUAUGUCUAUGAAACCACAGGGAUUAAAAUUAGAAGUGGUUAUUUUUCUGUAGAUUAAAAACAUUGAAGUUAAUUAGGGUGUGCAUGUGUGUGUAUGAGAGAGACAGAGAGAAAUAUAAAAGUUUCACCUGAAUAAGAAAAUAAAAUAUGAUAUAAAUAAAAGUUUUUAAAAAGAAUACUUCAUUUUAAUAUUGUAUCAAUCAAGACCUCUGUAAGAAAAAUAUGCCACAAUCAAACUGGGUUACUAUGGAGAGUUUAAUAAAGUAACUAUAUGCAAAAUAUGAACACUUUAACAUGUAGUUAUAAAUAUUAAUGAGAUGUUUAUUUUUUUCACAUUAAGCUUUUGAAACCUAUUGUGUGUAUAUUAUACUUACUGCACAGCUUAAUCAGGAUUACUAGAUUUCAAAUGCUCAAGGUCAUAUGUGACCAGGGGCUACUAUACUGAAUAGCACAGUAGUCUAAAAACUAUAAAGCCAAAAGGAUACAGGCAAUAAUCUUUUGUCUUUCUCUUGAAGGAAGACUUUUUAAAAAACAGGUACAGAUGCUAUAACCUUCUUGAUAUUAUUUAUUACAUAUGAAAUUUAACAUUAUUCUUAAACAAGUUUUUAAGAUUUCAGCUGUGUAUUUCACUUUAUUCCUCAGGUUUUGUUGCCUUUUUUUUGUGAAGGCAGAGAUGCUUGUUAUUCAGGCCGACAUGCCCAACCUUUGGAAAAUUCAAUCUGGAUUCAAAAAUAAUACAAGUAAUUUUGAUGCUUAUAUUUUAUAGUCAAAAUGUAUAUUUGAAUAUUAAAAUAAAGAUAAGCCUCUUUAUAGCUCACAAAAUUUACCAUAAAAUCAUAAAAUCACUAUUAAAGUAUGUUCUUUUUAUUGUCAGUUUAAAAGAUAAGCCGAAUUUCAUCCACACUGGUCUGGUCCCUCUCUGAUUCAGGUUCUAAUCACUGGUAUCUUGUUUGAACAUGAUAGUUGUUCCUAGUCAACUAUGCUCAUUACUGAUAUGCUUCAGUUUUUUUUAAUUAAUGAUAACAACCUCAAAGUUUCAGUGGCUUACCAUACCAAACACUGAUUUUCUUGUUCAUGGGUCUGCAGUUCAGCUGGAUAGCUCUGCUUCAGGCAGUAAGUUCAAGCCUGCUGUAUGUGUCUCACAUUAUUAUCCUUGUGUGGUGGUUUCCUGAGUCAUGUUCUCAUGCUGAAUGGCAGGGGCACAAGAGAGUGAGAGGAAACAUAGAGUACCUGGCCAUAAGACAAUGGCUAGGGCAGCCUGUCCCUUCCAUCUACAUUCUAUUGACCAAAACUUCAAGUCAUAUGACCAAGCUCCAUAGUAGCAAAUUGGAAAAACACUGUGAAGAAUGGCAAAGUCAUAGGGCAAAGGACAUGAAUAAUUAAUUCUAACAGAGAAGGAGUGAAGCAUUAGGCCCAGGUUUCAAUGAACUAAAAUGUAAAGUAUGUUUUUCUGUAAAUUACAAUCUACUUAUCUUUCCAUGGAAUCUUCUUUUAAAAACAUGUCAUUACUUCCAAGAUGUCAUCAAUCUGCAACUUCUUUCCACAGCCUUAACCAGGGUGCUCUGGAAGCUCCCAAAUUAGCCUCCCAUUCUAAACUGGUAGGUUUUCUAAGAGACCAUGCAUCUAUUUAUUGUCCUUAUUUUAUCUGCUUAGGACCAUGUAUAGUUAACUACCUAAGUUUUUAUUUGUACAAGUCUAAUAAACUGAACACAACCUGUUUUAUCACA